CACGAGUUUCUGGCGGGGCGGGCGGUCCGGCCUGGCGGGGUCCUUAAUGGCGGAGGCAGUUCCCGCCGCUGAGUUCUGAGUGCGCCCUCGCCGCCUCCCGCCAUGUCCGUGGUGCCGCCCAACCGCUCGCAGACCGGCUGGCCCCGCGGGGUGAACCAGUUCGGCAACAAGUACAUCCAGCAGACGAAGCCGCUCACGCUGGAGAGGACCAUCAACCUGUAUCCGCUGACGAAUUACACAUUUGGGACAAAGGAACCCCUGUAUGAGAAGGACAGUUCCGUGGCAGCUCGGUUUCAGCGGAUGAGGGAAGAAUUUGACAAGAUCGGCAUGAGGCGGACGGUGGAAGGCGUUCUGAUUGUACACGAGCACAGGCUGCCCCACGUGCUGCUGCUGCAGCUGGGAACAACGUUUUUCAAGCUACCUGGUGGUGAACUCAAUCCAGGAGAAGAUGAAGUAGAAGGGCUCAAACGCUUAAUGACAGAGAUACUGGGCCGUCAGGAUGGUGUUCAGCAAGACUGGGUGAUUGAUGACUGCAUUGGUAACUGGUGGAGACCCAACUUUGAACCGCCACAGUAUCCCUACAUCCCAGCUCAUAUUACAAAACCAAAAGAACAUAAAAAGCUUUUCUUGGUCCAGCUUCAAGAAAAGGCUUUGUUUGCAGUCCCAAAAAAUUACAAGCUGGUCGCUGCCCCAUUGUUUGAGCUCUACGACAAUGCACCAGGAUAUGGACCCAUUAUUUCCAGCCUUCCUCAACUUUUGAGCAGGUUCAACUUUAUUUACAACUGAAUUCCUGCGUACCUGAAGAGUCUGACAUAAGAAUUCGUCUCUGUGAGCACAGCUUUAAGAAGUGGAGAAACAAAUAGGUGUGAUGCAAGGAUUUUUUUUAAUGUCAUUCUUUUCCUGAAGGCCACUCAACUUUUUGUUGUAUGAUAGAGAAGCUGUUUAGGUAGUGGAUGCAAUGCGAUUUCAGUGUGUUAAUCCCUUAAUUGUGAUACUCACCAGAUUUUUUUUGUACAACAUUAAACAAAAUGUUUAAGAUUC